GGGUAAAUCAACUUCCGGGUAGACAGCUGAAAAGCAGAAAUGUUUUGUUUUAGAAGUUUCUCUAGAUUCAGUAUGAGUGUUCUUAGUCUAUAGAUAUGAUAUGUACUAAUAACAGUUGCAAUGGACCAUUUAGACAAGCACCGUUCACUCUAUAAAGGAACGACUCCGCCAUGGAAAGAAACAUAUCGCAAGCGCUGUGUGGAGCGGCUGAGGAACAGCCGGGCCAGGCUGCUGGACCAGUACCGGCAGAUGGGGGAGAAGCCCGGCUCCUGCAGCUCCAGCCUGGUCCAGGAGGUGAUGGAGCAGGAGUGGAGCGUCCUGCGGGCGGAGGACCAGGGCCGGGGGACCCGGGGGGGCCCGGGGGACGUGGCCUGGGACUCAGGGGCGCAGAUGUUCAGUGGUGUGAAGGAGUACGAUGAACUGGCAGUGCUGGAGGAAAUCCAACAGGAGCUCAUGUCUCAAGAAAUGUCAAUAAUAGAGGAGUAUGAAAGGAACCUUCAGUUUGAACAGCAGUACAUUUCAUCUGUCGUGGAGGGAAUGGAAGAGACGCAUAUUAUCUGCCCCGUAUGUCACACGAACCACUUGACGAUAAACAGCUACUUCAUCUCCUGUACCUGUGGCCUUUACAUCAACACUAAGAACCGGAACAUAACUCCGGAGGUCCUGCAGCAUCUUCUAGAGUCCAGGGUGUCGGAGCACAUGGAAGAUUGUCUACACAACCCUGUUUUCUCUAUCGCCCCCAACACAGAGAGCUCUCCCAGUUUGAUGAUGACCUGUAAGGUUUGUGACUACAUGUCCGUUGUCCUAUAAAUCACCAUCAUCACUAACUUCCCUUGUAAAAUUUUAGUGUUUUUGUUCUGUAUCUUUUGUUAAAUAAAGGCUAUUGUUUCUAUAAUAAAUGUCUUAAUGCUUUUCUUCAUUGUCUGUUGAUGUCCAAACAAAACAUGA